CCGUCGGCGCCCACCUGCUCUUCGCUUCCUCUUGUUUUGCAUGCGAUAACGCAAGGCUGUUCGUUCGUUCGAUUCCAGUCGUUCCACGGCCGUGAGCCUCUUGCGCGGGGUAACCACGCCCUGGCACAGUCCAGCUUGUUGAUAACCCCUGCCAGUCGUUACUCCGGAGGAUAUGACCUUUCCGUAUCUCUAUCGCAGCACCCGUGCCUUGACGAAGAUUCCAGACGGCCAUUGAGGCUCACACCAUGGCCAACCAUACCUUGAACGGCUAUUGUCCGACUCCAUUCCUCCAGGAGUCUCUUUUCCCAUCCACUGGUGGAUUCGUUGAUGGACGAUUCUGCGAGGAACUUACUACCGAACAUGGCAAGGUCUCGUGUUGUCUUCCCUGCCCAAUGGCUGAAUGGACGUACGGUGAUGAUUUGACCUCCCAGACCAAGGUCGCCAGCUGGCUUGGCGUAGCAAUCCUGCCACUUUGUGUCUUCCUCCUCGUGUCGUUUGCCGUGCUUCCCGCGAAAUGGACUCAUCGUCACUACCUGAGUAUCUGCUUCACGCUGGGGAUCUGCUGCAUGGAGCUCGCCUUCAUCAUCCCGCUGGGAGUCAACCCGGACCAAUGCCAUAACCAGAUCACGCCCAAUGACAUGCACAGCGACCUGUCGUGUGCCUUUACCGGGUCCUUGCUCCUGUUCGGUGGUUGGGUCUCGGUGGUAUUCAGUUUCAUUCGCACCUUGGCCUUUCACCUCCAGGUCUGCUGGGAAAUCGUCCUGGGGACCAAGUUCAUGUGGGGAGCGCUCAUCCUGGGAUGGAGCAUUCCCAUUGUUGGCCUGACGGAGAUGUUGAUCCUGACGGGCGUGUCGUACCGCUUUGGCAUCGUGUGCCACAUCAACGUCCGCAACAGCAACCGGGAUUACUGGGCCCCGGUGUUGGCCUUUGCGACCGCCGCGUUGAUCCUGCAGUUCGUCACGAUGCUGUACUGCGUCUACGUCUACGUCAAAUCCAUCUACGACCAGGAGACGUCGACCAACAGCUCCGGUCUCCCGUCGUAUUCCACCAGCGUGCGCACCCUGACAGCCCGGCAGGCCUACCGGCGCAUCCGUCGCGUCUUCGCGCUGCAAUGGCGAGGCAUCGCCUUGGUCCUGGUGAUCAUCGGGAACGUCAUCUUCUUCUCCGUGGUCUUCAUGCGCAUGGACAACCACCUCACCCGGACCGCCGCCAACCUCGAACGCGGCGCCCCCUGGCUCGCCUGUCUGAUUCUGACCCAGGGCGACAAACGCCAGUGUUUCGACGAAGCGAGCGACUUCCUCCCCAACAAAGCCACCCUCCUCGCCGUGCUCAUCCUCUUAGCCACGGUCGGGUUCUGGAACUUUGUCCUCUACGCGCGCCCCUCCAUCUUCCUGGGAUGGGCCGAAUUGUUCAAAUCCCAAGUCACCCGCCAGCCGCACGAAUUCGUCUCCGCCGAUGCCCGACACACCCCGGACCCCCGCACCUACGAAAUGAUCAGUGGCUCCAGUCUGCCCCCCUACAAGACGCCCGAACCGGUGGUCCGAUCCCCCAGUCCCGCCCGGAUGAUGGGGUCCAAGAGCCCGGAGAGGGGACAUUAUGGCCGCGAGGCUCGCUACACCCGGCCGUCCAUGAGUUUCUCCUCCCCGCGAGCCCCGAGCCCCUUGCGGGAUUGGGAACCGGAGACGACUUUUGCGCCGAGUCAUUCACAGAAAGGAUCGAUCUGACGGAUUGUUGGGAUGGCGUUGUGGAUUAUAUACCCCUGUGUUUACGAUGUACUUCAUAUACCCUAGAAUUUGAUACAAAAACUUUCAAAC